AUGGCGCUAGCCUUUGGCAAUAUGGAGAACAGCUCGUUGGUAGUAAAGGAUCAUAGGGCACCCCACGAUGGACGGACGAAGGACAGCCUACUGGGUCGCAUCCGUGAAGAAGCGCCUCCCGACCAUUGCAACACUCAAUCUUUUGGCAGGCACGAUUUCAAGGUCGAAAGGUCGCUGUGCCAGCGACUACAAGUAUCGUCAGCUCUUCAUGAGUACGAUCUGAAGACCGUGCUCUUUGCCGCCUUCCGAGCAGCUUUAUAUCGAACAACAGGUGCUUCGGACCUCACUGUUGGCAUAUUAAGCAAUGUGACAAGCGCUCCUGGCAAUAUUGGCCAUGAUGAUGUUCACGACACACAAUUGCAUUCCAUAUCGACAAAGAUUGAGGACAACACGCGCUUUGUGGACCUAUUACAGCAGGCUAAGGGAAGACUGGAUCAGGCACGAGAUCUAGAUCUGGGCAUUUCUGCGGAAGCAACGUUAUCCCAGUCCACUCUGCGCCAUGCAGAUUCAAGGAUUAUCUUUGCCUUGCGAGAACGUCCUAUUGAGCCUGACUCACAUAUAACCAAGUUAUAUCCUUCGAGCGACAUAAUCGGAAGCGACAUCAUAUGGCAUUUCUGGCUCGACGAAGAGGGAGGAUCCGGCAAUGUAUAUUUUGCAAACAGAGCCAUCGACCGGGACUCGAUCAUCAGCCUGGUGUCAGUGUUCCUUGGAGUGCUAGAAAGCGGGUCGGACGACCCGACAACCUCAUGUGCUCAGCUACUACUUCUCUCCAAUUUCAGUAGCAUCGUCCCAGACCCUAGCCGUGCCGUUCCAAAGCAACAUACUUCAGUCUGCGAUGCUUUCCGGGAACAAGUUACUCGCCAUCCCAACACGAUCGCCGUCAAAGACUCGUCGCAGACGCUCACUUACUCUGAGCUGGACACACUUUCGCAGAAAAUAUCAAAUUGGCUCGCCCGGAGACGGUGUGCUGCAGAAACCAUGAUAGGUGUACUAGCUGGUCGAUCGGUUGUCGCAGUCACCACGUACAUCGGCAUCCUUGGUGCAAAUCAUGCGUAUGUUCCACUAGACAUCAGAUCUCCUGUCGAAAGGCUGAACCACAUGCUUUCGUCGAUGGGAAACCAGCCUUUGGUGCUCUACGGCCCCGGACUUGAGUCGUUAGCCGCUCGAAUGGCGGAUGCUGAAUACGUCUCGAUCGCCCAGAUCCUGGACGACAAUGUUCCCGUGACGCCUGUGGAACACAUGCUGCCUUUGCCAGCCACACUCGCAGCAGUUAUCUUCACAUCAGGAUCGACCGGACGUCCGAAGGGAGUCAUGAUCGAACAUCGUGCCAUUGUUCGCGUUGCAAAGCAAGAAAGCUACCAAAUCACACCUCACUCGGCCGAAGAAACGUCCGUGGUAGCACAUUUACUCAAUCCAGCUUUCGAUGCCGCCAUGAUGGAGAUUUACACAGCAUUACUCAACGGCCAUACUCUAUACUGUGUAGACGAGUCCAUUCUUCUCGACAGCCACUCGCUUAGCGAGGCAUUCGUACGGCAGAGCGUGAAGAUGGCUGUCUUCACACCAGCUCUGUUAGACCAUUGUCUUCGCGAAGCUCCUGUAUUGUUCAAACAAUUGAAAAUAUUGGUCGUUGGUGGCGACCGGUUCAAGGCCUCCCAUGCACGACAACUGAAACGACUUGUUCAAGGAGAAGUCUUCAAUGGAUAUGGACCCACCGAAAACACGGUCGUCAGUACAUUGUACCGCAUUCCUGCUGACGACGAGCACAUUUCGGAUGAUGUGCCCAUCGGGCAGGCAGUUACCGGCUCAUUUGCGAUCGUGGCCGAUACAAAGCAGCGAAUGGUUCCGGUUCCUCCAGGAGUCAUUGGGGAGCUUAUUGUCGGUGGUGACGGCCUAGCGAGGGGAUAUCUCGAUACUCAACUCAAUGUUGACCGCUUCGUCCAAAUCAGCAUCAACGGUACUGCUGUACGAGCGUACCGAACGGGAGACCUGGCUCGUCUUCGCCCGAGCGACAUGCAGCUGCAGUUCAUGGGAAGAAUAGAUCAUCAAGUCAAGAUCCGAGGUCACCGUGUUGAGGUGGAUGAAAUCGACAGGGUACUCAUGUCACACUCUGCAAUCGACAGCGCCACAACAAUUCUCUAUAUUCCCGACAAUGCCGAAGAAUUGGAUCUUGUCAGCUUCGUCACAAAAUCUCCUGGAAGCAGAUAUGCCGACCUCGGCUUGGAUCUUGCGAUUUCGAACCUUGGAAGAGACUUUGUUGGCUGGACCUCGAUGUACGAUGGAACCUUGAUUCCUCGGCAUGAGAUGGAAGAAUGGCUCGAAGACACGAUUCGUACUAUCCAGGAGAGCUGUCCUGGCGGAGCACUGGGCAAGGUGCUUGAGGUCGGAACUGGCAGUGGUAUGAUGCUGUUCAACCUUACACCCAUGUCGACACAGUAUGUGGGCCUCGAACCGUCGCUGGACGCCGUCAAUUUCGUCAACUCAGCCAUCGAGUCGAUCGCGGACAUCAAGGGCAAAGCUCGUGUUCACCAAGGCACUGCUUCUGGCAUUGGACGCUGGAUGGACGAUUGUCAGCCAGACCUCGUCGUCAUUAACUCGGUAUCCAUGUACUUCCCGUCAGCAGCAUACAUAUACAAGAUCAUCGAGGACUGCAUCGGACAGCUUCGACCAUACCAAAAGACAAGGCUCUUCUUCGGCGAUGUCCGGUCUUAUGCGCUCUACCAUGAAUUCCUUACUCACAAAGCUUGUCACAACGCUGUUGCGGAAAUGACCAUUGGAGAUCUUUGCGCCAUCGUGGACGAGCAGAUGAGCCGAGAAAAAGAGAUGCUGAUUGAUCCCGGCUUGUUCACAGCUUUGCCAGUCAAGUUUAGCGGAAGCAUCGAGCACGUAGAGAUUUUGCCAAAACGGAUGCAUGCAACAAACGAACUAAGCUGCUUCAGAUAUGCAGCAGUAGUCCACAUGUGUGGCGCCGCGGCGUCUCCUUCACAAGUACAUGAGCUUGCUCCCGAUGAAUGGAUGGAUGUCAGCGUUGAGCGUCUUGAUCGCGCUGCCAUCGAAAAGCAGCUUAUGGUCAAGUCUCGGUCAAGUUCAUCCUCUGACAUCGUAUUGGCACUCUCGAGCAUUCCCUACUCGAAGAUUGCCGCGGACAAAGCGAUCGUAGAUGCUAUCCGUGUCCCUGGAGCUCUAGGCCAGCAAGUAGAAGACCUGACAAAACGCUUUCACGAGCAUACCGAUGCUCCUCUGUCAUGGGAUGCAGCGGGGCUACACCAGCUGGCAAAAGCAGCAGGCUUAGAGGUCCAAGUUAGCUGGGCCCGGCAGUAUUCACAACGCGGUGGCAUGGACGCCGUGUUCUUCCAACCUCGAGGUGAGAUGCACUGUCGCAGGGCGCUCAAGUUUCCUGUCGAUCAUGAUAACCGCGAUCCGCGCACAUUGUGCAAUCAACCUAUCCAAGUUGAUGGGCGCAUUGCUCUGCAACAAGAAUUGGAGGUGUGGGCUCGCGACAAGCUUCCUCCGUACAUGAUGCCCAGAGCAGUUUUGGUUAUCGAUCAGAUGCCUCUGACCAACAACGGCAAAGUAGAUCACAAGAAGCUUGCCAAGAUGGCUGCUUCGGAGUUCGCUGCGGCCAUUAAGCGCGAUAGCGCACGUAACCCGCCAACAAGAAGCGUCGACAGUUCCAUAGAGACAAAAUUGAAGGAACUUUGGGCAAUGGUUCUCGACGUACCGGUUGCUAGCAUCGCUGCCGACGACCAUUUCGUUCGGAAAGGCGGCGAUUCGAUCAAGGCAAUGCGCUUGGCAGCGGCGGCCAGACGGCAUGGUUUGACCCUCAAGAUCCCUGGCAUCUUGACCUCGCCGCGACUUCGCGACAUGGCCAGAACGGUGCAUGAAGAGGCAGUUGAGCAGCAGUUUUCAGUACAACCUGCUACGCAUAUCGAUGUUGCUCCCUUUGAAAUGCUGCAGUACACUUCCGAAGCUGAGGCGCGAAGCUCGGCAAUGACUCAAUGCGACAUCUCAGCCCAUAGCAUCGAAGACAUAUUCCCUUGCACGCCGUUACAAGCAGGUCUAGUGGCACUGAACCUUGCGAACCCUAGCGACUACAUCGGUCGCCACGUGAAGCAGCUGCUUCCCACUACCGGCAUAGAGCGGUUCCAAGUGGCGUUUGGGGAUGUGGUUCGAGCCCAUCCUAUUCUGCGAUCACGCAUCAUCUAUCUGCCUGGUGACAAUUUCGUACAAGUUGUGACUAAAAGCCAAAUCAGCUGGAGCUUGGGAACUUCGGUCGAGGAAUACACCAAGAAGGACCGACAAAACCAUAUGGGAUUGGGACAGCCACUUGUACGGGCGGCGGUGAUCACGGAAGGAACGCAGCGCUACUUUAUCCUGACGGCGCAUCAUUCCCUCUUCGACGGCUGGUCCAUGCGAAUCCUUUUUGACGCCCUUGAUCGAGCUUAUCAUUCUUUGCCGAUCUCGCCUCCACCGCCAUUCCAGAAUUUCAUCAAGGCCCUCGUACAACAUAACCAGUCCGAAGCUGGCAAGCAAGCGUGGAGAGCCAAUCUGAUGGACAACGAAGCAGAGCAGUUCCCACGCCUUCCCAACCCAGGCUAUCGUCCGAAGUCGGACUCGCUUCAUCAUUGUCGGUUCCAGGAUAUGAGCUGGGGCGAGAUGGAUGUCACAGCAGCUGUUGCUGUACGCGCUGCUCUCGCGAUCUUGAUUAGUCAGAGAGAAAAUGUCCAGGAUGUAGUGUUUGGGACGGCCUUGGCUGGAAGAGACAGUAUCCCAGUGGCCGGUAUCGAGGAAAUGACUGGCCCCACGCUGACCACCCUACUAACGAGGGUCACGUUCGCAUGUUCGCAGGAAACAGUCGGAGACUUUCUUGUUCGCUUACAAAAUGAUUGGGCUGCUCUGUCCAGGUAUGAACAUAUGGGCCUCGCGGCUAUUCGGGAUUUGAGCGAGGACGCCCAUCGAGCGACAGAGUUUCAGACUUUACUGGUUGUACAACCCAGUAAAGAGUCUUUGAAACACGGUGAGAACGGACAUUCUCUUUUCAAGCACGAAGCGUCCGUCCGGGCUGCCGAUAAUGAUCUGGGUGCAAUAAGCACAUAUGCCAUGGUUAUGGAAUGCCAGCUGUCAAAGAAUGGUGUAGACAUCCGAGUGACCUUCGAUUCGGCCGUGGUCCCAGAAGCACAGAUGCGACAAAUGCUGUCACAAUACGAGACCAUCCUGCGCAAGCUCUGCCUACCUGAAGCGCGUGAGCAGCGUUUGUCAGAGAUCGAGUGGCUCGGCGAGAUUGACAUGAGCGCUAUCUGGAAAUGCAAUGCGAAAAUGCCUGAGGCCAUCGAAUCUGCCACGCAUGACCUACUAUCAUCAACAAUCCGUCAACGCCCCAGUGCUCAGGCCAUUGCAGCCUGGGACGGCGACCUGACGUAUGAGGAGCUCGAUGGUCUUUCGACGCGGCUAGCAGAUCAUUUGCUGGACCACGGUGUUGUCGAUGCCGUGGCCGUUGCGAUCUACAUCGAGAAAAGCAAGUGGACUGCAGUUGCCAUGUUGGCUGUUAUGAAGGCUGGAGGCACGUCAUGUCUGCUUGAUCCAUCGUUGCCAGUGGCCAGACUCCAGUCUAUGGUCGAUCAACUGGGUCCCAGGAUCAUUCUGGCCUCGCCACGACAGCGGGUCUCGGCACAGGCUCUAUUCAAAGAGCUAAUUGUUGUUGUCGAUGCUGCUAACGCCACACAAUGGUCUUCCGCUACAUCUGGGAGAGCCCUGCCCAGCGUUGAUCCAGCGACGCCGCUGUAUGUUGUCUUCACCAGCGGCAGUACAGGUGCACCGAAAGGAGUCGUCAUUUCUCACGGCAGUUUUAGCAGCGCCAUUGUUCAUCAACAUCCACGCCGGAGCGUUGGCGAAGACUCGAGAGUGUAUGACUUCAGCUCGCUUGCCUUCGAUGGCUCGUGGUUCAAUCUGCUACAUACUCUAUAUGCCGGUGGCUGCGUCUGCAUACCUUCCGACACAGAUCGACAAAACGACUUGAGUGGCAGUAUACUCAGGCUCGGAGCAACAUUCGCUUUCCUGACCCCGACUGUGGCUAGUACACUUGAUAUCGCGGCACUGCGGGCGCUUGAAUCGCUGGAGAUCGGGGGCGAAGCAGCUGAUGAGGACGAAAUGCAGAGGAUUCAAGUCCACACCAGCGUGAGAUUCAUUUACGGUCCUUCUGAAUGCACACCAAUCACAACAAUGACCAAGCCUGGAGCUCAUGCUCUUAGCAUCGGUCGACCAGCCGGAGUACUGGCAUGGCUAGUGGAUCCGCAGCAUACAGAACGGCUCGUCGGAGUUGGCUGCAUUGCCGAAUUAUGGCUUGAGGGGCCUUUAGUUGGAACUGGCUACUAUAAAGACCCCAACCGUACCGCUGCCUCUUUCGUCGAGAACCCGCCUUGGCUGCUUCGCGAUCGACCCGGUCGACCCGGUCGGAAAGGACGAGCAUAUCGUACUGGCGAUCUGGUCAGAUAUCAACCUGACGGCAGUUUGACCUUCGUGGGACGCAACAACAUGCAGCAAGUCAAAGUCCGUGGCCAAAGAGUGGAGCUACUCGAUGUUCAGCACAAUGUGCAAGAUGUGCUGAAGAAGAGCCUGCCGGAGGUGUCGGUCAUAGCAGAUGUAUGUGGGCCCAAGAAAGAUACAUUGGUGGCGUUUGUCCACGUACAAAACAAGUCAUGGGCCGCUUUGUCGUUCAAUGAACAGACGUCUCUGCUUCGAGAGAAGGCCGGGAAUGCUAAAAAUGAACUUGCUGGCAUGGUUCCAAAGUAUAUGAUCCCGGCGUUGUUCGUACCUCUAGAGAGCUUUCCGCUAAGUCCAACUGGCAAACUCGAUAGACGCAGACUUCAGGCGAUGCCUAAUGAACUGACGCAGGAACAACGCAAUGCCUGCUCCUUGCUGCCAAGUCACGAUGCGUUAGCAGCUGAUCAAUCCAGAUCAUGCACGGAGGAGGAAGUACGAUCACCAUGCACGGAGGAGAAACUACGAUCCCUCUGGGCUAUGGCCCUGAACAUUGAUGCUGAGAGCAUCACCACAGAAGACAACUUUUUCCACCGCGGUGGUGACUCUCUAUUGGCCAUGAAACUGGUCAAUGCGGCGCGACGAGCAGGUGUAUCGCUCAGUGUAGCAGACGUCUGGACCUGGCCACAACUCAGUAGUCUUGCUGCGCAUGUGGGGAUAUGCUCCUCGACGAACACUUCGCCAGGACGGAUGGUCGAACCUGCGACCGCUGCUACCGUUGAUCACGACGCGCAUUUCUCCAUGACACUGCCUUCCGAGACGCUUCCUUCCAACAAGCCCCCAUCCUCCGAGACACUACCAGUGACUUGGUCCCAAUAUCAAUUCCUCAAUGGUACAGUCAAUGGCUACUCUGCCCAUGUGUACCACUUACUGGUCGACAUCCCGGCGGGUUGCGACAAGGAGCAGGUCAAGAACGCAUGUUCAAGACUGCUUCAUGACUUCGACGUCCUUCGCGUCAGAUUUGUAUGCAGUCCCUAUCGUGUGCAUCAAGUCUUCGAUGACUACCAAGAGAACCAAUUGCCUUGGCAAGAGUUGCAAGCCAACGAUCUCGACACGUUGGAUACUAUCAAUCGCUUCUGCGAAGCGGACAGAGCCACACUCGGGGCGCGACCUCAUCCACAGACAGCCACAACUCGUUUUGUGUUGAUGCACCGGCAGCAAAGGCCACACAAGCUUGUGAUGAGGCUCUGUCAUGCCCAGUACGAUGGAGUUAGCAUUCCGCGAAUGCUCUCCACCCUGACGAGACUUCUGCACAGCGGCACUGCUCCUGCUCCACCUCGAUCAUUCGCAGACUACCUUCGAUAUGUUCUGGCACAGAGCCCAGAGAGUUACCCGUACUGGCGCAAAUUGCUACAGGGCACCAAGGCACCAACUGUAAUCCCAUCAACCAAACAUAGAGCCUCCGUUGGUGUGCAUUUGAUCAGGGUGAGCCACACCAUUCCUCAGCCAACGAUUGUCGCAAGCUCUGCCCAGACGCCCGCAGUCCGCUUUCUGGCAUCUUGCGCCGCAAUGCUCGCUCAGACGACUGCAACACGAGAUGUGGUAUUCGGUUGCAUCAUUUCCGGCCGCAGCAGCGUUCCGGAAGAUCUUCAAGACGUCUGCGGUCCCUGUCUCAACGAGAUCCCGGUCCGCGUCACAUUUUCUGACUGCUCGUUAGCUGCAAUAACACCGCAGAGUGCUUUCGAAGUCCUGCGCCAGCAGAUGCUCGAAAGCUCUGCGCAUGAUGCUGUAGGCUUUGACGAGAUCGCUGCACAUUGCACGUGUUGGGGCGAGGAGGUUGACGACUUUGGACUCACAGCGCACUAUCAGAACUCGGCCAAUCUGGACUUGGGUGUCAAUGUUGCGAAGGAAAUUUCUUGUGUGCAACACGAGGACGAUCUGCCGGUGCCAAAGGCCAACUAUAUCGAGGUCGAGGCGGUUCCUCUGCCAGACAAGACCGUCCGUAUGAGUAUCAUGGGCAAGUCGUCUCAUUAUGAUGAGCGAUUUCUCGCGAGGUUACUGCAUAUGGUCUGCGGGAAUUAUCGCAUGUGA